UCCCGUGUUAUUUUGCCGGUGUGUCGCGUUCGCGGCCUGUCAAUCAAAGCUCGUCCAGCGUCAUGCUGGGUUGAGAGCGCAGACUUUUUCCACGUCAGUGUGUUUACCAGGGGCAGCCUGACAGACAGACAGACAGACAGACGCUUCAUUUACUCACUAUUUGGGACGUUUUCUCUGUAAAAGAGUGACCUGUUGUGCUGUGUUCGGAGACACCGCUUCGCCCCGCAGUGGAAUGUGGGGAAGAUUGCGGCGCGUUUGUCCGUCGUCGUGAAGGAAACGUUGGCUAUUUUUCAUUCACUGUUUGGCCGGAUUAGCCUGUUAGCUGGUGGAGCUAGGCUUUGAGUCAGCCACAGCGCUAGCGACAUAGCAGCCACACACACACACACACAAACAGAGCAGCAGCAGCAGCAGCAGCAGCAGCAGCAUGGUGGACAAGAAUAUCUACAUUGUCCAGGGAGAAAUCGGCACUGUGGUUGGAUCAAUCAAGAGGAACUCUAGAUGGAAUACUCAUACUCCUCUGGAUGAAGAACAGGACCCGUUACUGAACAGCUUUGGGAACCUCAAGGAAAUACUGAACAGUAUUAAAGAGCUGUCGGACAUCGAACCCAACAUUUUCCUGAGACCCUUCCUGGAAGUGGUACGCUCCGAGGACACAACUGGACCAAUCACGGGCCUCGCCCUCACCUCAGUCAACAAGUUCCUAUCCUACGGCCUCAUCGAUGCCAACCAUGAAGCGGCAGCAGAGGCCAUCGAGAACAUGGCGGACGCCGUCACGCACGCUCGCUUCGUGGGAACAGACCCAGCCAGUGAUGAAGUGGUGCUGAUGAAGAUACUACAGGUGCUGAGGACUCUGCUGUUGACUCCAGUCGGAGCUCACCUGACCAACGAGUCCGUGUGUGAGAUCAUGCAGUCGUGCUUCAGGAUCUGCUUUGAGAUGCGUCUCAGUGAACUCCUCAGGAAAUCAGCUGAACAUACACUGGUUGACAUGGUGCAGCUGCUCUUCUCCAGAAUUCCACAGUUUAAAGAAGAGGCCAAGAGUUUUGUUGGCGCCAACAUGAAGAAGGCUUACAAUAUCUUGUGGAAAAACAAACGAGUUCAGCUGAAAAUGCGCGCUGGUGGAAUGAGUGAGUCGUCGAAAUGGAAGAAGCAGAAGCGCUCGCCGAGGACUCCGCGCCACGCGGCCCGGAGUCCGUCAGGACAGAUGGAGCCGAACCAGUCCGGUACUCUGAGCAACAACAACCUUUCAGGUGGCGUCCCAUUCAUCGAGCCGGGUCUGUCCACCUCCAGUUUACCGGCCUCAGACAGCGCCGCCUCGUCCAUUUCCAGCCCCACAACCACAGACAGUGGCCUGGACACAGGGUCCAAGGCCACGUCCAGAGAAGACCUGUCCGACCUGGAACAGUGUAGCUCGUCUGGGAACAUGGCGGCUAACGCCAGCUUACUCCCCAACACAGAGAUCACCUCUCCUGAUCCACAGUGUGAGGGCAGACAGGUUGGACCUGCACAGUCUGUCUCAGUGGAGUCCAUCCCUGAGGUUCUGGAGGACAAAGACUCGGUCACAGAGCAGUCGGACACGUCUUCUGUCCACGACAUGGACUACGUCAAUCCCAGAGGAGUCCGCUUCACACAGUCCACACAGAGAGACGGAGCGUCCCUCAUCCCGUACGGCCUCCCAUGUCUGAGGGAACUCUUCCGCUUCCUGAUCUCGCUGACGAACCCGCACGACCGCCACAACACGGACGCCAUGAUGCACAUGGGCCUGCAGCUGCUGACCGUCGCGCUCGAGGCGGCGCACAUCGCGAACUACCAGUCGCUGCUCGGGCUGGUCAAAGACGAGCUGUGCAGACACCUGUUCCAGUUGCUGAGUGUUGACCGUAUGAACCUCUACACGUCCUCCAUACGCGCCUGCUUCUUGCUCUUUGAAAGCAUGAGGGUUCACCUGAAGUUCCAGCUCGAGAUGUACCUGAAGAAGCUGAUGGACAUCAUCACGUCGGAGAACGUGAAGAUGCCCUAUGAGAUGAAGGAGAUGGCUCUGGAGGCUCUGGUCCAGCUCUGGAGGAUCCCCAGCUUCGUCACCGAGCUCUACAUCAACUACGACUGUGACUUCUACUGCUCCAACCUCUUUGAAGACCUCACCAAGCUUCUGUCAAAGAAUGCGUUCCCUGUGUCGGGGCAGCUGUACACCACACACCUGCUGUCACUGGAGGCUCUGCUCACAGUCAUCGACAGCACUGAAGCCAACUGUCGGGACAAAGUUCUCAGCACUGGAGCACAGGAGCAGACUGAUGACACUCUGGCAGAGGGCGACGCCCCUAACAUGGACAACACAGCUGAUCUCACUCGACUGACCAACACCAACGGUCUGACUCUUCCACAAAUUAACAAUGAGCCGGUGUGUCCACCGACCAGUGGACACCUGAUGGCAGAGAAGAUGAAGCUGGGUCGACAGGAUCAAGGAGACAAUGAUGCUGCUGAGAAGAAACCCUCGAAGAAGCCUCAUCGUUUCUCGUCCCUCUUGCCAAACUCUCAGGAAUUACUGGACAUCAGGACAAAGAAAAAGCUGCUGAUCACGGGCACCGAGCAGUUCAACCUCAAGCCAAAGAAGGGAAUCCAGUUCCUGCAGGAGAAAGGCCUCCUCACUACGCCCAUGGACAACAACCAGGUGGCGCAGUGGCUCCGAGAAAAUCCCCGACUGGACAAGAAGAUGAUCGGGGAAUUCGUCAGCGAUCGCAAGAACAUGGAGCUUCUGGACAGUUUUGUCAACACAUUCACCUUCCAGGGCCUCCGCAUCGACGAGGCUCUGCGUCUCUACCUGGAGGCCUUCAGACUUCCUGGAGAAGCUCCCGUCAUCCAGAGACUCCUGGAGACCUUCACUGACAACUGGCAUAAAGUGAACGGCUCUCCCUUCAUGACCAAUGACGCAGGCUUUGCUUUGGCAUACGCCGUCAUCAUGCUCAACACUGACCAGCACAACCACAACGUCCGCAAGCAGAACAUCCCCAUGACCGUAGAGCAAUUCAAGAAAAACCUGAAGGGAGUCAACGGAAACAAAGACUUUGACCAGGACAUGUUGGAGGACAUCUACAAUGCCAUAAAGACCGAGGAGAUCGUGAUGCCAGACGAGCAGAUGGGUUUGGUGAAGGAGAACUACGUGUGGAGUCUGCUGCUGCACCGUGGUGCCACGCCCGAGGGCGUCUUCCUGCUCCUGCCGGCGGGCAGCUACGACCACGACCUGUUCUCCAUGACCUGGGGUCCGACCAUCGCCGCCCUCUCCUACGUCUUUGAUAAGAGCCUGGACGACAACAUCGUCCAGAAGGCCAUCACUGGCUUCAGGAAAUGUGCCAUGAUCGCAGCUCACUACGGCUUCAGUGAUGUGUUUGAUAACCUGAUCAUCUCACUGUGUAAAUUCACCACUCUGAGCAGUGAGUCUGUGGAGAACCUUCCGUCUGUGUUUGGUGGGAACAUUAAAGCACAGACAGCAGCUAAGACGGUAUUUGACCUGGCUCAUCGCCAUGGUAACAUCCUGAGAGAGGGAUGGAAGAACAUCAUGGACUCCAUGCUGCAGCUGUUCAGAGCCGAGCUCCUGCCCAAAGCCAUGGUGGAGGUUGAAGAUUUCCUCGAACCAAACGGAAAGAUUUCUCUUCAACGAGAGGAGACGCCUUCAAAUCGCGGUGAGUCUGCAGUGCUGAGUUUUGUGAACUGGUUAACUCUGAGCGGAGCAGAACAGUCUGGACUCAGGGGCCCGUCCACAGAGAACCAGGAGACCAAGCAGGCGGCCGUCCUCUGCAUCAAGCAAUGUGACCCAGAGAAACUGAUCACUGAGAGUAAGUUCCUGCAGCUGGAGUCUCUGCAGGAGCUGAUGAAGGCUCUGAUCUCAGUCACUCCUGAUGAAGAGACCUACGAUGAAGAGGACGCCGCCUUCUGUCUGGAGAUGCUACUGCGGAUCGUCCUGGAGAACAGGGACCGCGUGUCCUGUGUGUGGCAGACGGUGCGUGAGCACCUGUCUCACCUCUGCGUCCACGCUAACGAGAGCUGCUUCCUGGUGGAGAGAGCCGUGGUCGGACUUCUGAGACUCGCCAUCCGCCUGCUGCGGCGAGAGGACAUCAGCUCUCAGGUUCUGCUCUCCCUGCGUCUCCUGCUCAUGAUGAAACCUCACGUCCUGUCGAGGGUCAGCAGAGAAGUGGCCUACGGCCUUCAUGAGCUGCUGAAGACCAACGCGGCAAACAUCCACUGCACAGACGACUGGUUCACGCUCUUCUCCCUGCUGGAGUGCAUCGGUGCUGGAGUGAAACCUCCCGCCUCCUUCCAGCUCACCUCCACCACCUCUGACAACGACACAGGAGCUCAGUCAGACAGCGAGCUGUCCUCUCAUCAUCCCAGUGAAGUGACUCUGGACCGCGGCUACACGUCAGAUUCUGAGGUCUACACUGAACACAGCAAGACCCGCAUGACUCGCUCCACCACCGACGUGGACAUGGCCAGCAGUGGAUGGCUUGUGGUGGGUAAAGACGACCUGGACUUGACUAAAGCGGCGCCCGUCAACUCCAAAGCGCAGCUCAAUCACCCUCUGGUGAACCAGUACAGUCUGACCGUGGGUCAGGACCUGGGUCAGCACGACACCAAGUCUCUCAUCAAGUGUGUGGAGACGCUGUCCUUCAUCGUCCGGGACGCCGCUCACGUCACGCCGGACAACUUUGAGCUGUGUGUGAGGGCGAUACGAGUGUUUGUGGAGGCCAGUCUGAAUGGAGGUUACCGCAAUCACGACAAGAAGAAGAGCCACAAGUACGACUCCAAGUCCCGUCCGAGGAGGAAGGUGGGGGGCAAGGACAAGGAGGGCGGAGCCAGUGCCAGACGAGGCGGCAGCGUCCGGGCGUCCAACCAGCGUCCGUCACGUUCCCACAGCGACGAGGACGAGGACGAGGGCAUCCCCGCCAGUUACCACACGGUGUCUUUACAGGUUAGUCAGGACCUGUUGGACCUGAUGCACACCCUUCACACCCGCGCCGCUACCAUCUACAGCUCCUGGGCAGAGGAACAGCGCCACCUACAGACUGCAGGCAGGAAAAUCGAGGCCGACGCCCAAACUCUGUGGAGCAGCUGCUGGUGUCCACUGCUGCAAGGCAUCGCGUGGCUCUGCUGUGACGCCAGGAGACAGGUUCGUAUGCAGGCUCUCACCUACCUCCAGAGGGCGCUGCUGGUUCACGACCUGCAGACGCUGGACGCAGCAGAGUGGGAGUCCUGCUUCAACAAGGUUCUCUUUCCUCUGCUGACGAAGCUGCUGGACAACAUCAGUCCUGCUGAUGUGGGAGGGAUGGAGGAGACGAGGAUGAGAGGCUGCACUCUGCUGUCAAAGGUCUUCCUCCAGCACCUGUCUCCUCUGCUGUCCCUCCCCACCUUCGCUGCCCUCUGGUUGACCAUCCUGGACUUCAUGGACAAGUACAUGCACGCAGGCUCCAGUGACUUACUGGUUGAAGCCGUCCCAGAGUCUCUGAAGAACAUGCUGCUGGUCAUGGACACGGCCGGGAUCUUCCACUGCGCAGACUCCAGGACCGGAUACUCAGACCUGUGGGAAAUCACGUGGGAGAGAAUCGUCUGUUUCCUGCCUCACCUGCGGGAGGAGCUCUUCAAACAGACCGUCAUCGCAGAUCCGGUCCCCAGUCCUCCACCACCAGAGGCAGCGUCUUCACCUCCUGCUGCCGCUCGUCCACUGUCUCCUCCGCCUCCCGCUCACCCGCCGUCCCCGGUCACUGUCCCAGCGUCUCCUCCUGAGACCCAUACGUCCAGCAGCAGCAGGCCGGCGUCUCCACAGCAGCUUCAGCUGAGCAGCAGCACAGGACCAGAGCGUCCGUCUUCUGUCCCCGCCUCUGUGUCCCCUCUCAUCCUGCAGCCGUUGGCGUCUCCACUGCAGGUGGGCGUCCCGCCCAUGUCCCUGCCAAUCAUCCUCAACCCCGCCCUCAUCGAGGCCACCUCCCCCGUCCCGCUGCUCUCCGGUCCCAGACCCACGAGUCCGUGUGACGAGGUCAAGUAAGAGACACGCCCCCACCCUCAUGACACGCCUCCUCUACAGCAGCCUCAGGGUCACGUGACGCGUCCGAUUUUAAAGGGAUAGUUGUGUUGAAAUUGUAGAGCGAGGUCACCUGACACUGCUACUGCUCUCGUCUUUCCUGCUUCCUGUGGACAAACUUGUCCACAGAGACACAGACGCUGACGUCGUCCUAGGACUGGAGGACAGUGAGACACGACGAGUGUGUGCGCGUGUCCUCCACGAAAUAUGAAUUACAUUUAAACACAUCAUCAUCAUCAUCAUCAUGAACGUGACGCUGCAGCGAGGAGAAAAUCCUGCUCCUAGAGGACGAAGAAAUCAUGACACAUCAUUUUAUUUUGUGAUUUAUGACAGAAACGCUGAGUCACUGUUCUCUCUCGCUCUUCAUCAUGAGUCGUCAUCAGCAGAGACAAGAAUUUAAAAAAAAUCGUUAGAACGCGAACAGUUCUGAUGAUUUUCACAUUUGCUCCGACAAGAUUAAGUAAAAAAAUAAAUAAAUGUAUAUGUAUAUAUAUGUAUAUAUACAUAUACAUAUAUAUAUAUAUAUAUUAUUUAAGGACCAAAAAUUAAGUUAAAAUAACAACAACAACAAUAAUAAUAAUAAUAAUAAUAAUUAAAACGUGUCACUGGGAUAAAGAGGCGGAGUCAGCAUUUUUUGGACAGAAGUUGUUUCUAUUCACGACAUUAUUGCGAUAAUUGUAAAAUGGUAACGCCAUUUUUUAUUAUGGAACAAAAUGAUUUUUUCCUUUGUUUGUGUCAUAAACUCAAUGAUCUCGUGUUUUCCUGGGACGUUGAAACAAGGACACUGGAGUUUAAGAAAAACUAAACAAAUGCUCUGAUUUUCAGGUCGGUGUAGAAACGUGAACACGCCGCGAGCAAAGCUAACGCUGAAAACACCAGAGGCGAUAACGCGACACAACUGUUCACUGGACGAAUCGCGACAAAAUCUAAAGCUCUGACACCAAUUUCCAACAUUUUUAUGUUUUACUUUCUUCUCGAUGAUGUAAGAAACGUGUCCAUAUUUUUUUAUUUUUGUUACAUCGGUGAUUUAAUCUCUGCGCGACACGGGAGCUGCUGGUGUACUGCUGCCUCGUGUGGUCACUUUGUGUCACUGAGGUCAAUCUGAAUGAAGACAUUUGAACAUCGUGAUGGAGGCAGCAGUGGAUCAACAAGUCCUGUGUGUGUGAUGUUAAAAUCACUCAUUUUCUCUGUGGGCUUUGGUGUGGCAGAGUGAGUGGUUAACAAACGUCAGUGAGAUAAAGACGUGAACAUAGUUGUGUGUAACAAACACCAAUCUGAACUGUCACGUGUACUGAUCUGAGCUGUCAGAUUUAUUUUAUUUAUCAGGUAAAACACUACACAAACGUCGACGUGACACGUUUAUCAUCAUCAUUAUUAUUAUUAUUAUUACGGGAAGAUUUGGAGAAAUCGUUAAUUAUGAUGAACAUGAAUAUAAUAUGUGUACAUAUAUAUAUAUAAAUAUAUAUAUAUAUAUAUAAAUGAAAGGUAAUGUACUUUUUACUAUGUAAUAAAUAAAGUGAAAAGAA